AUGGCCGAGGAAAUGGUGGCGCAGGGCUGGUCGUCGCUUCCGGCGGACCUCGUCAACAGCGUCGCCGACUGCCUCCUCGCCACCAACGACCUCGACUGCUACACGGACCUGCGCGCCGUCUGCCACCACUGGCCCUCCGUCACCGCCGACCCCGGGAGUAACCAGCAUGACCCACGCUUCCGUCUGAGCCGCUGGAUCAUGCUGGAUGAACGCAAGGCCUCCGCCGCCACCAUCAACGUCGACGACGGCGCCCUCCUCUUCGUCAGCACCGCCACCGGCCGCUUCCUCCACAGGAGCCUGCCGCUCCUCCGCGACCCCGGCCACGCCUUCAUUACGAGCACCACCGACGGCCUCCUCGUUCUGGCGGCCACGGACCCCCCGCACGACGUGAGCGUCCUCAACCCCUUCACCGGCUCCCUGAUCCGUUUUGCGGCGCCACUGCCGAGCGAGCCGCGGCCGCGGCUCCGGCUCACUGCCGACGUGCGGGUCGGUUCUUCGCCUACUCUGGUCUUGGUCUCCGUCGGGCGAAGCUGGGUGUACUGGGCGGAACCCCAGAGCGAGUCUUUCUCUGUCGAGAUGAGGCACCGCAGCCGCAGGUAUCCUGCUAGCAGGCUCCCACUGAUUGCCGCUGCCGUCAACCGUAAACCCGUUCCUGCUGGUGCCAAGAACAUCUUUGUUCAGCUGUUUCGGUCCGAGGAGGACAAGGACUGCCGUUGUUACGCGGUGGUGGCUGCCGGCGGGGAUAUGCUGGCGAUCUCGAAGCGGCGCCGUGGCAUGGAUGUUUUCAAGGUUGACUCUGCUUGGAACGUGGUGGAGAGGGUGGAGAGCAUCGGUAGCCAAGCUCUCUUCCUCGGCGUCUGA